AAACCCACCAAACUCUGGGUUUUUCUCAAACCCACCAAACUCUGUGAUGAAAAUAAAUGUGCAUUUCAAUUCCACAAUCAUAUAUUUGGUUUCUAAGAAAAUAAAAAUGAAAACAAAAGCUGACCACUCAAAAUUGCUCACAAUCAAAAUCAAAAGAAAACAAGAUGCCAAACAGGGCAACUAGCAAACCCAGAUCUGGGUUUUUCUCGAACCCUUCCCCUUCCUCCCAAGAUCAGCGGCGACAAUGGUGAUGAUGAAUCUGCUUCUCCUUUGUCGUCUUCUUCUGUGGAGAAGCAAGAGCAGGAGCAGGAGCAGAAUCUGGUGCGAAGGAGAACCCAGGAUCUGCAACUCGUAAACGAUCAAGGAGGAAUCAAAAAUUGAUUACCUCGAAGGGUGGAAACCAGAAUCUGGAAAGGGAAGAGAAGUCGAAAGAGAUGGAGAAGGAGAAGAAAUGUUGGGGAAGAGU